UCCGCCUCCGAUCUGUGCUGAAUGUCCUCGUUGGAACUUGGAUCUCAGACAUGCAAACACACAGCGUUCAGACAUCGUAUCAAUUUAUUUAAAUCCUUUCGCCAGAGAUCAUGCCCGAUUUUAAAGCGAGUUUAAGACAGAAUUCGUGAGCGCUUUACACUUACGGUGACUUUCAAUAAGCUUAGGUUUAACGUUAUUUAUUUUCACUAAUAUGGCACCACUUUAUUUUAUUGAGUGCUGAGUUCGGGUGAGUUUGUUAAUGUGCUUCGAAUAAAAGUUGCGAGAUAGAAGUAGCCUACACAGACACGCGCAACAAGGAGGAAUAAAGACGGAGUUACCUGCGCUGUUCACCUUGCCAGAGAGAAGGUUUUUGGCGUGUUAGUGGGAUGUCUGAAGAUCAGCUGUGGCCUGACUAUGGUGAAACACCAACCCUUGCAGGUCUAUGAGAGACAGCUGUGUUUGUCCUGCCUGACCGGAAUCUACGGCUGCCGUUGGAAACGUUACCAGCGCUCCCAUGACGACAGCUCCAAGUGGGAAUGUUCAUGGUUCUUCCUCCUCUGCUGUUCAUUUCUCCUCCUCGUCGUCUGGUCUUACUUCUGGUGGCAAGCUCGUAAUGAUUACAACGAGUUCAACUGGUUGUUAUAUAAUCGUUCGGGCGCUUGGAAGGAUGGCACGGUUCCUGUUCUCGCCACAACACUGACAGGAUUUACUUACACUGCAUUUUUAAUAAUUCUUGCUCUUUGUCACAUUGGACUGGGACAGCAGCUUAACCUGUAUUGGCUCCAUAAGAUUGGAGUUCUGGUCGUUCUGCUCACCACCAUCACAGGUGUCGUGUCCAUUGAUGAUUUUUGGCAGGAUGAGUGGGACAUUGUGAUAAUUUCGCUCCAGUUCACAGGGCCUUUUUUGCACAUCGGGGCCUUAGCUGUGGUCACGGCGUUAGGAUGGGUCGUCGCUGCUCAGGUGGUACGAGGUGAAAGAUCAAAACUCCAGGUUCUAAUUUUGAUGGUUUAUGUGAGUGUUCUCCUGGUUCUGUAUCUGGUUCCUCUUUUCAUCUCUUCUCCCUGCAUCAUGGAGCGGUCCGAGCUCGGCCCUCGUCCUGCUGUCAUUGGCCGUCGCGGUGCUCCAAUGCUUGCUCCAGAGCACACAAUUAUGUCAUUCAGUAAAGCCUUGCAACACAAAGUAAGCGCACUGGAAGCUGAUGUCGUCAUUAGUUUGGAUGGAGUGCCCUUCCUGAUGAGAGACCGUACACUUCGCAGGACCACAGAUGUGGACAGACUGUUUCCUUCCCGUCAGUACGACGACGCCUCGCUCUUUAACUGGACAGAGAUCCGUAGUCUCAAUGCUGGACUAUGGUUCCUCAGGGAUGACCCAUACUGGACAUCACAGUUCAUGUCAGAGAGGGACCGUAACCGCACAGCCAAUCAGACGGUGUGUAGCUUGUCGGAGCUGCUGCGUCUGGCUGCUAGAACGAAUCGCUCUGUGAUCUUCAGUCUGCGACGACCUCCACCCCAACACCCCCGACACCAGCUCUGGGUCAGUGAUGCUCUGAAAGUCAUCCAGAGAUCCAGUAUCCAACCAGAACAGGUGAUGUGGACACCUGACUGGUACAGGAAGAAGGUACGUGCAGCAGUUCCUCUCCUCCACCAGACAUCGGAUGAGAAACUCCCAGUGUCUGACCUGAAGGACAGAGGGAUCAGCACCCUGACCCUUCACUACAGCCAGGCCACAGCUCAAGAUAUCAGGCGGUUUUCUAGCAGUAAUGUGAGCGUAAACGUGUAUCCAGUCAAUGAGCCGUGGCUUUAUUCACUCAUGUGGUGCAGCGGCGCGCAGUCGGUGUCUUCUGAUGCACCACAAAUCCUGAAGAAAGUGCCUUAUCCAGUCUGGAUCAUGAGUGCUGAUGAAUAUGGCCUGAUAUGGAUCACUUCAGAUCUCAUCUCUUUAGCGAUUGUCAUUGGCAUUUUUAUAUUCCAAAACUAUCACUUUAUCAGGUGGAAGAUGAGUGGCAUGCGUAGCUACAACCCCGAGCAGAUCAUGCUAAAUGCUGUGGCGCGUCGGCCGAGCCGUGACGUAAACCUCAUGAAGGAGAAACUCAUCUUCUCAGAAAUCAGCAAUGGCGUUGGGAGCACAGAUGAGCUUUCUGUGUAUACGGGAAAUGGAUUAGAUGUGUAUACCCGUGAUGACGCAGUGACGCCCACAUGUCAUGUGACUAAAGUAAAGCCUGGACUUCCUGUGUGAGACAAUAUAUGGAAGGAACAUCUCUUCAUAUCUUUAUUAUUUUAGCUUACGUUUCUUUGAAGAUCUCUGAUUUUUGUUGAUUUAUGGACACUGUAUCACAUGUAUUUUUGGAUCACAUCACUGUUUCAGUGUUCUGCAUUGAUGCCUUAUGUAUGGAUUAUUUUCCUGUAUCAAACUAUUUAAAAUUAAGUUAAUGUAGCAGGAUGUGCACUGUAAACAGUUACUGUUAAAUCCAAGUUUCAAGCAGGUCAUUAAAGUCGCAUACUGUUCAUGUAUUUGAUGUGAUAACAGACUGGUGGUUAAUAGGUUAAAUGUUCAAAGCAUUUAUAAUACAAAUGUUCAGGAUCUCCUUUAGUUCAGGAUCUCCUCAGCUGUAAAGCUAAUAGGACAGUUAUCAUUAUUUAUUUUUUAUUUAUUUAAUUUUUGUAACAUUAUGUGCUUCCUGAUGAUUCAUAUAUUGCAGUAGUUAAAAAUAAUUAUUCUUCAAUACUGCUGUAUCAAUGUAUUUUUUGUAAUGAAAAAUUGUGUUGUUAAUAGGUCUUCAAUGGGGGGGGGGGUCCAUGGCCUCUUGGGGGUCCCUGAUAGUAUUAAAAACGGUCCUCCAAAUAUUGUUUGAAAUAUUCAAAAUAUUUUUUGUGGGGGAGGAAUGAAUACAAAGAAUUUAAUACAAAUUUGAUUCAAUGAUUAAAAUAAAGGUUCCUAUGUUAAAAUA